AUGUAUGGCGAUCAGGGCCACAAGCUCCUUCUAGACGCCAAGAGAACGUCGAACCUCGCAGAAGUACCUCUAUACCAGCUAGAUUUGGUCAAGGAUAUUGUCCUGGAAAUCUCAGACCUCAAAAGCGAUGUUGACUUUCUCAACGAGCAAGAGCUCUUUCCAGCAGAUGCGUCAGAAGAGGAAAGAAGAAUCGCACAGUGCCAGAUAUUUGUUCGACUGUUGUUCAUGAGAAGAAAUAAGCGAUGCUUACUAGCUCACCAAAAGCUACGAGCUGACAAGAUCAACGAGUUUCUGUGGCUCAACAUUGACCCUGUUACGUCAACGGACGCUACGCCGGCAGGGUCGAAGGGAGAAUCCCUACUUCAUUCUAUGGGUACCACAAAGCUAGCACUAGAUAAUCUCCUGAAUCCUGAGCAGGAGUACUACAAACAAUACCAGGACCUCAUUCUCGACUUCAAGUCGUCAUUUGCAGAUAUAGACCUUUCUGGCGACCUCGAGCCGCCCUCCGACAUCUUCAUCGACGUCCGUGUCCUCAAAGACGGCGGUGAAGUGCAGACGGAGUAUGGAGUGUUCAAUCUCAUCAAGGAUUCCCAGUUCUAUGUGAGGAAGUCAGACGUGGACCGCUUGAUCCAACAGGGGUACCUCGAGCAGAUAUAA